CUUAUAAACCCUAAACCAUCUUUUCCAAAACCAGUAUCCAAGAGCUUUUCACUUGUUCUUUUUUUUUUUUGCUUGCAACCCAUAUGGAUCGGUUUACGUUCUUGAAUGUUCUUAUGGAGGUUGCAGGUAUCUUAAACGAAUCCCGCAAACUCUUUCUCAAGAACAAGAAGUUGAUGUUCUCUGUCUUGGUAUUUCCUCUCUUGCUCAAUGGUUUAGUUUUCUUGUUCAAUGUCCUUACCAUCAAACACGAGAUAACAAACUUGAUCCUUGAAGCAAGUUUGUUACCUAUAGAUCCAAGCGCACCGGACUACAUUUCCCAUCUUAUGAGAGUCUUUGCGGAUUUUCGCCAAUUUGUCGUUUCUUUAGACAUCUUCUUUGUCGUCUCCUCCAUCAUCAACCUUUUGUCCGUUGUAGUCAUCGUCCAUGCAUCGGCUCUUACUCAUAAAGAUGACAACAUCAUCAAGAUCAAAGAUUUUCCGCUUUUGACCCUUCAAUCUUGGAAGGGACCUCUUGUAACCAGUUUCUACAUUUUCCUCUUCAGUCUUGGCUAUUGGUGUCUCUUCUUUAUAAUCCUUUACCCUAUCCUUUUGUUCUCUAUAAAAUUCGAUUCCUUGCCAGCCAAGUCUGGCACUUUAUGGAUUAUCGUUUUAUGGAUUAUGUUUGUGAUCUUUGAGUCCUAUUUAGCUAUCGUUUGGAACCUAUCUAUGGUCAUAUCGAUACUUGAGGAAACUUAUGGGAUCCAAGCUUUGGGGAAAGCUGCAAAGAUUGUCAAAGGCAUAAAACCGAAACUAUUCCUGUUGAAUCUUUUCUUUGGUGUAUUGGUCUUCGGUUUAGUUCAGAUCGUGAGGCUGGUAGAUUUAAGACGGUCAUUCGCGGUUACAUUAACCUCCGGUUUGGUCCUUGUGAGUUUGGUCUUCGCAGUGAGGAUGUUUCAGCAUGUGACUUACACCGUUGCAUAUUUCCAAUGUAAUAGCUUCCAAGGCAGAGACGUUGAGUCGCUCAGGGAUGUGGAAUAUUCAAAACUAUCCUCCUCUACACUUAUGGGAACAUUGCCUUGAUAUAUCAAGAGAGAAAGGCUUAUAUAGUAUGGUCUCAAUUAAAUGAAUUGUUUGUUUGUUUUCCGGAUUUGGUAAACUUUUAUGUCGAUGGAUACAUCUAUCAAGAUAUUUUUGCUUCUUUUUAAAAUUGUAAUGGUAAACUUUUAUGUCGAUGGAUACAUCUAUCAAGAUAUGUUUGCUUCUUUUUUAAAUAUUGUAAAUGCCACA